AUGGAAAUCCCUGAAAACAGCAAUGCGAGCAGCUUCUUCUUCAUAUUGAUGGACCUCCCUGGCUUGCAGAAGGCUCACUGUUGGACAGCUAUUCCUAUCUGUGCCAUCUACGUCCUCUCUGUGCUGGGCAACAUCACCAUAAUGCACAUUGUCAAGACUGUGCCCAGCCUCCACACACCCAUGUACCUCUUCCUCUCCAUGCUGUCCAUGGCUGACCUGGGACUCUCAGCCUCUACACUGCCUUCCAUGGUAGCUGUCUUUUUCCUGGGCCAGAGGAAGAUAGGAGCUGCAACGUGCUUCAUGCAACUCUUCUUCAUUCACACCUUCUCUGUCAUUGAGUCAGCUGUUCUGUUGGCCAGCUUUGACCACUGCGUGGCUGUACAGGAGCCUUUGCGCUAUGCCACCAUUCUCACCACCAAGCGCAUCAGGGCCAUUGGGCUCACUGUUGUGACCCGUAGUGCCGUCCUUCAUCUACCCCUGCCUGUGCUCCUCAGCAGACUGCAUUUCCAGCCUGUAAGUGCUCUGUCUCACUCAUACUGUGUCCAUCCUGAUGUUCUAAGGCUGUCCCUUUCAAGCACUCUGGUCAAUAGUAGCUUAGGACUCUUUGUCAUGCUGUCCACCCUGGGAAUGGACGCUGUCCUCAUUCUGCUCUCCUAUGUGCUGAUCUUAAAGACAGUGCUGAACAUUGCUUCCAAUGCAGACAGGCUCAAAGCUUUCAACACUUGCGUUUCCCACAUCUGUGCUGUACUUCUGUUUUAUACCCCACUGGUGAGCCUGUCCAUGAUCCAUCGCUUUGGUACAAAAAAACUACCAGCUCAGGUAUACAUGUUUCUUUCCUACAUGCACUUUCUUAUGCCUCCAGUGCUCAACCCAAUAGUCUACAGCAUCAAAACCAAAGAGAUUCGAGUCCGCAUUGUAAGGAUGCUUCACCCCAAAAAGUGA